AUGGCGGUCGCAGUGAGAACUUUGCAGGAGCAGCUAGAAAAGGCCAAAGAGAGCCUCAAGAACGUGGAUGAGAAUAUCCGCAAGCUCACCGGGCGGGAUCCGAACGACGUGAGGCCCAUCCAAGCCAGGUUGCUGGCCCUUUCUGGUCCUGGUGGAGGUAGAGGACGUGGUAGUUUAUUGCUGAGGCGUGGAUUCUCAGAUAGUGGAGGAGGACCCCCAGCCAAACAGAGAGACCUUGAAGGGGCAGUCAGUAGGCUGGGAGGGGAGCGUCGGACAAGGAGAGAAUCACGCCAAGAAAGCGACCCAGAGGAUGAUGAUGUUAAAAAGCCAGCUUUGCAGUCUUCAGUUGUAGCUACCUCCAAAGAGCGUACACGGAGAGACCUUAUCCAGGAUCAAAAUAUGGAUGAAAAAGGAAAGCAAAGGAACCGGCGAAUAUUUGGCUUGUUGAUGGGCACCCUUCAGAAAUUUAAACAAGAGUCUACUGUCGCUACUGAAAGGCAAAAGAGACGCCAGGAAAUUGAACAAAAACUUGAAGUGCAGGCAGAAGAGGAGAGAAAGCAGGUUGAAAAUGAGAGGAGAGAACUAUUUGAAGAGAGGCGUGCAAAACAGACAGAACUGCGGCUUUUGGAGCAGAAGGUUGAGCUUGCGCAGCUGCAAGAAGAAUGGAAUGAGCAUAAUGCCAAGAUAAUUAAAUAUAUAAGAACUAAGACAAAGCCCCAUUUAUUCUAUAUUCCUGGAAGAAUGUGUCCAGCCACCCAAAAACUAAUAGAAGAGUCACAGAGAAAGAUGAAUGCUUUAUUUGAAAGUAGACGCAUCGAAUUUGCAGAACAAAUAAAUAAAAUGGAGGCUAGGCCUAGAAGACAAUCAAUGAAGGAAAAAGAGCAUCAGAUGGUGCGUAAUGAAGAAAAGAAGGCGGAACAAGAAGAGGGUAAGGUGGCUCAGCGAGAGGAAGAGUUGGAGGAGACAGGUAAUCAGCACAAUGAUGUAGAAAUAGAGGAAGCAGGAGAGGAAGAGGAAAAGGAAAUAAGUAUAGUUCAUAGUGAUGCAGAGAAAGAACAGGAGGAGGAGGAACAAAAACAGGAAAUGGAGGUUAAGAUGGAAGAGGAAACUGAGGUAAGGGAAAGUGAAAAGCAGCCAGAUAGUCAACCUGAGGAAGUUUUGGAUGUGCUAGAAAUGGUGGAGAGUGUCAAAAAUGUAAUUGCUGAGCAGGAGGUAAUGGAAACCAAUCAAGUUGAAAGUUUAGAACCUUCAGAAAAUGAAACUAACAAGGAAUUGGAGCCAGAAAUGGAGUUUGAAGUUGAGCCAGAGAAAGAAUGUAAGUCUCUUUCUCCUUCGAAAGAGAAUGCUAAUGCUCUAGAAAUGGAAAAUGAGCCUGAGGACAAAGAAGAGAAAGAAUCUGAGCCCCAACCCGAGCCUAUGGCUCAGGCUCAGCCCCAGCCCCAGCCCCAGCCCCUGGCUCAGCCUCAGCUUCAGCCUCAGCCUCAGCCUGAGCCUCAGCCUCAAUCUCAAUCUCAAUCUCAAUCUCAGUCCCAAUCAGUACUCCAGCCCCAGCCUCUCUCUCAGCCUGAGACUUUGCCAUUAGCUGUUGUACAGUCAUCACCUCAGGUUAUUCAGGAGCAAGGGCAUUUACUACCUGAAAGGAAGGAGUUACCUAUAGGAUCGGUAAAACUCACUGAGGUGACAGUAGAGCCAGUUGUGACAGUACAUCCGGAGAGCAAAUCUAAAACCAAAACUAGGAGCAGAAGUAGAGGUCGAGCUAGAAAUAAAACAAGCAAGAGUAAAAGCCGGAGCAGUAGCAGUAGCAGUUCUAGUAGCAGUUCAACCAGUAGCAGCAGUGGAAGCAGUUCCAGCAGUGGCAGUAGUAGCAGUCGAAGUAGUUCCAGUAGCAGCUCCAGUACAAGUGGCAGCAGCAGCAGAGACAGUAGCAGCAGCACUAGUAGUAGCAGUGAGAGUAGAAGUCGGAGUAGGGGCCGGGGACAUAAUAGAGAUAGAAAGCACAGAAGGAGUGUGGAGCGGAAGCGAAGGGAUACAUCAGGAGUAGAAAGGAGUCACAAAUCUUCAAAAGGAGGCAGUAGUAGAGAUACAAAAGGAUCAAAGGAUAAGAAUUCCCGGUCCGACAGAAAGAGGUCUAUAUCAGAGAGUAGUCGAUCAGGCAAAAGAUCUUCAAGAAGUGAAAGAGACCGAAAAUCAGACAGGAAAGACAAGAGGCGUUAA